AUGGGCCCGGGAGACAGCGGCCUGGCCGCCCCUACCCGCGCAAACGCAUCUGCAUCGGCCAAGUUGACAGAGAAAGAAGCGAAAGAGAUUGCAGAAUACGAGAAGAUUGUGCGAUUUCGCGAUGCCAUUCUCGCGGGAACCCACCCAACCAUCAAGCUCCCUGCCGGCCUCAAGGCCUCGUCCCACUCCAUUAUCAACUAUGCGAAACCGCCAUCAGAGCCUGGCGAAGUAGACACAAGGCCUGGUUCUCUCCAGCAAUCUGCUGAGAAAAUUCAGAGUCAGAACCCCAGCUUGCGACGGCCUGUAUCUGAUGAUAGCGCCGCCGCUGCUGAUUCUCGGCACCCAAAGCCAUUUGCAACUAGGACGACAGAGAUCAAUCCCAUUCUUCUUGAGAAAUCUGACGAACUUGUUAGGGCUGAAAUUCAGCUGCAGAGGCAAAGAAUAGAGCGGUCUCUGAGAGACGACAUCGAACAGCGUCGAGUCUCAAAGCAAGUGCAAGCAGAACCCGUCAAUGAGUUUGACCUAUCCGAUGUACUCGCAAAGGCUCUGACUCUUGUUCAAGCCACUACUAUACCCUUUGCCACCAAUGGAGGCUUGAUUGCUAAUCAUGAAGCUGCAAGUGAUUCGUUUGACGAUAACACCUUUUACUCCUCAAAGCAUGACACGCCCGAGUCCAACCUGACUUCGCGCGUGCGCCGAUCAACUGAUGAUGCCAUGUUGAUAGAUGGCCGCAGGCCAUCUCAGCCAAGCCUUCACGAACCCACAGACUACGGUAAUAGCACGGCAGCUUCUACGAAUAGUUAUCAUGCCGCCGCCCCUCCCUCUCAGCCUCCAUCCCAAAUCCAUGCUCCGAUGGCGAAUGUGGUCGCGAGUAGACCCGAGAAGGUGCGGGUUCCCGGGCUCAUACUCGCCAAUAAUGGAAAUCCUCCAGUUACCCAUGGCCCUGCUCCUACAGAACCAGAUCGGCUACUGCAAACGCGGUCUCGAGGAUCUGAAAACGACGAGUCCCAGUAUAAUCCAAACCAACCUCUGCUGCCACGUCCUCCCGUUAUUCGGAAUCAUGACUUGAUACCCGUUGCUCCUCAACCAGCAAAGAUAACACCUUUGACUGUAGUCAAUGUGCAAACCCCCAUCAUCGAUUCAGGCUUGGCUGAAUCUCGUGGUACUAGCUCCGACAGCUCUUCGCAGGGCGCAAGGGAUACAGAGAGGAGAAGAGGAAAGAAGAAGAGAAAGGCCGAUCGGCAAGCGCCAGAGGCCGAGGCCGGGCCACGUAUCAAAGUUGAGCCUCGUUCACAGUCACCAUCCUUGACAGCCCCAGCCUACACCAGACCCAGCAAACGCCAGAGACAGUCUCAAGGACAUGCUAAUGAACCUGGACAAUCUGAGUUGAGAUAUGCCCAGCCUCCAUCGAAUGCUUCUUACGAGCAGCCGUCACAGGUGUUUCGAGGUGACCAAGCUCCCGUGGCGUACCAAGAACCCGGCCCCGCGCCAUACCUUGCUCAAUCCGCCCCGGGCUCUCACAUUCGUGGUGAGCCAGUUGGAGAAUCGAGUCGCAAUGGGGAUUUCUCCGGUAAUCGUCGUUUGUCUGGUGAGAGCUAUGUCCGCCCUCUUCCCUCAGGCGAGAGCUACGUACGUCAGCCUCAGCCUCAACCUCAACCACGGGAUGUGGUAUCAUAUCACCCUCCACCCUCCAGAGAGAUUCAUGGCCCUGCCGCAGUGCCGCAGGUCGUUGCAUAUGACUCAUUUCGGGAACCCAUACGCAUCUAUCGGGAGCCCAUUGAUGGACCCCGCGCGAGCGUACGCCCAGAGGGUGAGUCUUUCAUAAUCCCCCCACGGCCACCAACACGGGUCAUGUAUGAGUCGUAUGGGCGGGAGUAUGUCGAGCCUGUGAUACCCUCCGGCCGGCAAUCUGUUGCUCCCCUACCCCGACCCGGAGAGCCGGAAGUGAUUUACGAGCGACUGCCAUCUCGACUUCCAUCAAGCAACAUCGGGGCUGGGCCCUACAACGAAGGCAAUGUGGUAUAUGCCAGGCCACUGUCGGUCUACGAUCCAGCAAGAAGAGUAUAUGUAUCGGAGCCAGAGUAUCCUUACGACCAUAGGGAUGGUCAGUAUCGUGAACAUCAAUUGCAGCAACGAGGAUACAUUCAGAUUGUGAGGUCUCAUGAUGGCAGAAUCAUCGAGGAGCGGCCAGCAGAAUACGUCUCACGACCGACAGGCUACAGAUCAUCGCGGUUCGAGCCUGUUCCACCAUACAUUCGUAUGCACAGCACACAUCCCGAUGCUGCCGGCAGAGAGUAUAGCGGGAGUAUCCACAUGGAUGGUCGUCAUCCAGAAGGCCCACAACCCUAUGCCAGAGAAUAUGCUGGUAGCCCCAUGCAGCGAGCUGCAACAGUUCAUCGGGAGUACAGCAUGCGACCCCCUGAGCGGUACCAUGAGCCUCACAGAGGAGCUACGAGGGCAUCGGAUGAAAUCGCCUUCAUUGAGCGGCCUCGUGGAGCAUCGCGGGAAAUUGUGUACGUGGAUGACGUCAGGCGAGAGAUCUAUCGUUGA